UUGCCUACAUUAUUCAUAAGAAUACAGAAGCUGGUGAGUGUAAAUAUCUCUAAUUCGACUGCUUUAUUUUCAACGGGGAUGUAGCUCAGUGGUAGAGCGCAUGCUUCGCAUGUAUGAGGUCCCGGGUUCAAUCCCCGGCAUCUCCAAGUUGCUUUAUAGAGAUUUAUGUUGUUGUAAAUUUGUAAACAAAUAUUAUUUGUUCUGUUAAUAUUAUUAUAAGUUUCACUUAAAAGUAAAUUAUAUUUCUAGAUUUAAUUUAACAGUUAGGACCUUUAAAAUCGCUGUUGCGACAAAAAAAAAAGAUAAAUAAAAGACACAUAAUAAAACAAAAAUAAAUUUCCAACAGGUUUCUUAUAACGCUAGCACUAGUUUUGUAAAACAACAAUUUUAUUGCAAAUUUAUUUCCCGUCAAGAUCCAACUUGAAUUCUCUCCUCCUCUCACCCAAACUUGACUGUCCCUGAGAAAUGAUUUCAGCAGACGUCACUCAUCUGCAUAGGGUGUAAAAUGCAACCAUCCUGCAAUCCUCCCCGCAGCCUCUAAAACGCUCCUCGUCUCCCCUCAAACAAAUAAAGGCGCUCGCUUCUUGCUGCAUACCUGCCACCACAAACAUGGAAGGUACGGUUUUGCAUGCGCGGUCCGCUCGGAUCCACCUUGUUUUGCGUCUAAGAUGGAUGCUGCGUUCACACUGCACGGAGUAGGAUGUUACUAGCAUCCGCCGUGGUGGUAUGGGAAUGGCUGAACGAGCACGGACGCUGGCGGCCCUACAGCCCGGCUGUCUGUCAUCACAUCGAGGCAGUCAUACGGAGCGACCCCCGCUGUGGUAGUGUCGUCCUCGGCCAGGCGGACUCUCGCCUCUCGCCCUACAUCAUCGAGCUGCAUUCCAUGCACCAAUUCCGACAAGACACAGGUACGCUUCGACCUGUACGCCGCAGCUUCUACGAUCUGUCCUCGGCGCCGGGCCAGGGCUGGUUGUGGGAGUGGGAGAACGACUCUGGAAGUUGGACCCCAUACGACACGGAGGUGGGCAUUGCGAUUCAGGCAGCUCGGGAUCGUCAGCAGCCCUGGCUGGACUUGGCACCACUGGGGUUCUGCUACCUUAUUGACUUUGAAAGCAUGACCCAAAUCAACGGGCAGACGCAGCGCUGCCGGCGCAUCCAGCGGCGCUCCGACCUGGCUUACCCGCUCGUGUCUGGACCUCUACCCAAAUCGCACCAUGCCUGGGGCCCCACGUCUAUGUCCGGACAUGGAGGAAUACUGGGGGUUGACGGGUCGGGUGUUGGAAUGGGGAUGAGGAUGAGCAGCGGCGGGGCGGGGAACGGGAGUGCGUAUCCCAGCGGAGCACUCCCAGCUUCUGCCAUCACGUCUUUGGGACAACCCUGUGCCUGUCAGCAGUGCAUGUUGGUGCUUGGUGUCAAAGCAGGUACCAACCAGGUGGGAACAGCGCACACUCUGGGUCGAAGGCCACCACAGAUCAAGCCGCCCAGUCCCAAAUUAAGCAGCUACCCUGUCCCAGGAAGCUCUUACUCACUAACUCUUCCCCGGCCUCCGUCUUUGUCAAGAUCUUUUUUCCCACAAAGGACGUCUGUUGUCGGGGCAACAGGUGGCUUCGGUGUCACCGGUAUGGGACCAUCUGGAGGUUUGGGUUUUAUUGGCAAUAGUGGCGUUGGGAGCACCAGCCUUGGUUUUGGAGGCGGCUUCAACCACUCGCUUUCUCUCCUCGGCCCAGCCACUGCCGCUCUCUCCAUCUCCUCCACUCGUCCUCCACCUCCUCCUCUCCCACCUCCUCCACCACCUCCUCCCCCUCCCCCUUCCACCUUGCCCUCGUCAGCUGCCACCUCCCCUCCUCACCCGUCCACUUCCUCUUCCUCCUCCCUUUCCAUGUCCUGCUCUGCUUCCACGGCGCCCGCCCCUCCUCUCAUCUCCACAGCGGCCUCCACCUGUACACCUUCGCCUUCGGCCCGCGUUCUGGGUCCAGUCUCUUCAUCUGGUGCUUCUGCCUGUGCAGCCCCUCUGCCACCCCGCUCCAGCCUUGCAGGACUGAGUCGUCCCGCUCUGCAACGCAUCGCCAUGGCUCAGUCACGAGCACUUAUCGCCUCUGGAGUGCCAACAGUCCCAGUGAAGAACCUGAAUGGAUCCAGCCCCGUGCACCCUGCUCUGGCAGGUAUUACAGGGAUCCUGAUGAGCGCAGCCGGACUUCCUGUCUGCCUGACCCGGCCCCCGAAGCUGGUGCUUCAUCCUCCUCCGGUCAGCAAGAGCGACAUCAAACCCGUGCCGGGGCUGGGCCACUGCUGCCGCAAGACCACCAAGAAGCAGGCCCGGAAAGGCAAAACGCCAGAGGAAGUGGUGAAGCGUUACCUUCAGAAGGUCCGAAAUCUUCCUGAAGAGGACUGUACCAUCUGCAUGGAGCCCCUAAUGGGACCGUCCGGCUACAAGGGUCCCGGCGUGAGCGGCAUCUCGCGGGCCGAGUCGGUGGGGCGCCUGGCGCAGUGCGGUCACCAGUACCACCUCCAGUGCCUCGUGGCCAUGUACAACAACGGCAACAAGGACGGCAGUCUGCAGUGUCCCACCUGCAAAACCAUCUACGGGGUCAAAACGGGCAACCAGCCCCCCGGCAAGAUGGAGUACCACGUCAUCCCUCACUCGCUGCCCGGCCACCCCGACUGCAAAACCAUCCGCAUCAUCUACAACAUCCCUCCCGGCAUCCAGGGCCCUGAGCACCCCAAUCCUGGCAAGCCGUUCACCGCACGGGGGUUCCCCCGACACUGCUAUCUCCCUGACAGCGAAAAGGGACGCAAGGUCCUCAGGCUGCUUCUGGUGGCGUGGGACCGCAGGCUCAUCUUCUCCGUGGGCACGUCCAGCACCACUGGCGAAUCCGACACCGUCAUCUGGAACGAGGUGCACCACAAAACCGAGUUCGGCUCGAACCUGACGGGCCACGGCUACCCCGACCCCGGCCACCUGGACAACGUCCUGGAGGAGCUGCGGGCUCAGGGCAUCACGGAGGAGGAGUGUCUACCCAGAGACUAACUUGAGCCCUUGAAAGCACACUGGAAACCAGGCGGGAGUCUGCAAGCGCACAAGUCCUGGAGACUCGCAAUUUCUACGAAGGUGAAAGGCCGCUCAGAAAAAAGGCGGCGGCAGCGGCGGCGAUCGCUUCUUUCCUCUGCAUGAGUCAGCUUGGCUGAUCCAGUCUUGGGGGCGAGGCUUUAAAAAAAUAUAACAUACUGUGAGACUCCAUAACAAGAAUGUACCUGAUAAAUGAAGACGUGUUUACGACUGUCGCUGCUAUACGGGACCGGGGGAAAAAGUUUUAUUUUUUUCUUUCUUAUAUUUUUACUUUUAUUGUGUUAGUCUUUGGAGCCAAACCAACUUUUUUCACACUCAAAUGUGGAGCUGCAAGCAUGAGCGUUUGUUGCCCUCCAGUGGCAGAAUUCCAGAACUACAUUCCUUUUUUUGUGUUUUCUGAAACUUGAUAUUUAUAGCAUACAUUUAUAAUUUUAUAAUCUAACUUACAUCUCGUCUUAUAUGCCGUUUUAUUUGCACUUUUUCUUGGCUGGCUGACUGAAGGUUUUAGAUGAUUGCUUGUCACUUUAAAAGUCAGCUAACUUUCUUUAAAAAAAUUCAACAAUCAGUGUCAAUAUUUUGUAUUUUAUUAGCUCACAAACUGACAUUCCUGAACCGCUUGGCCCUUAGAGCAUGAGCGCAUCUAAAAGUCUUGUAUUUGCAUUACCAGGAUUGAUGGAGGAUUACAAAGUCCCCUGUAGGGGGUCCAAAUUCCUAAAAAGCUGGGAUAGGACCCCCUACGUGAGCUGAGAUUUGCACACCGCUUUCAACUUAGUAUCAAAAAGAAAUGGACAGCUUGAAUCUACAGUGUUCUUUGUGUGUGUGUGAGUGUGUGUGUGUGUGUGGGACAAGUUCAGCUGUCGAGUUUUCACCGACGGUGAUCCAGCUUUGGCCAAAGUGGUCAGAUCAGUUUGCAGUAUCACAUAUUACUCGAGGCCAACAUCAGAAGCAUUUAUACUUUACGAUACUUUAUGUAUGCACUGUGUAUGUAUGUGUUUUUUUGUGCCCAAAUUUGCAUUAAACGUUUUUUAAGGUUAAA